GAUGCCGCUCCAGCUUUACGUCAUGACGUCAUCAGUGUUUGUGUUCUCAGCCGCGCCAUUAUUAGCCGGUAGAUAUGAGCACAUCGAGCUCUGCUGACCAAGAUGAGCCGCCGGCCGACAGCGGUAGGGAGUCAGACAGAGCCGUGUCGAGGUCCGACAGCGGGAGUGGAGAAGAUUCCCUGGACUGCCUACCCGACUGCAUCACUCGCUGCCCUUUGACCCCAUCCUUGUCACCACAAAAACGGACCACCAGCCAAUCCAAAACCGAGCCCCCACUACUGAGGACAAAUAAAAGGACCAUUUACACCGCCGGCAGGCCCCCUUGGUACAACGUCACUGGGACCACCUUCAAAGAGGCCUUUGUCAUCGGUCUUUGUGGAGGAAGUGCUUCAGGAAAAACAACAGUAGCCAAUAAAAUCAUUGAGGCGCUUGAUGUUCCUUGGGUGGUUCUUCUCUCCAUGGACUCCUUUUACAAGGUGCUAAAUAAAGACGCGCAGGAGCUGGCGGCGAGGAACGAGUACAACUUUGACCACCCUGACGCCUUCGACUUUGAGCUGCUGGUCAUCGUCCUCCGAAAGCUGAAGAAAGGAAAAAGCAUUAAAGUUCCUGUGUACGACUUCACGACGCACUGCAGACGCAAGGAAUGGAAAACUGUAUACGGUGCCAAUGUGGUCAUCUUUGAGGGCAUCCUGGCCUUUGCUAACAAGGAGCUACUAAAGCUGCUGGACAUGAAAGUAUUUGUGGACACGGACUCAGACAUCCGGCUCAUACGCAGGCUGAAGAGGGACGUUUCUCAGCGUGGGCGGGACAUCAACGGCAUCAUCAAGCAGUACAACAAGUUUGUCAAGCCAGCUUUUGAGCAGUACAUCGAGCCCACCGUGCCACUCGCAGACAUCGUGGUGCCUAGAGGUGGCGACAACUUUGUGGCACUGGAUUUGAUUGUUCAGCACGUUCACAGUCAACUGGAGAAGGGGAAGCUGCGCUGGGACAUGUCGGCUCUGGCAUCGGCCCACCAGGGUCAGCCUUUACCUGAAACCCUGAGCGUUCUGAAGAGCACGCCACAAGUGCGCGGCAUGCACACCAUCAUCAGGAAUAAGGAGACAAACCGUGACGAGUUCAUAUUCUACUCUAAAAGAUUAAUGAGGCUCCUAAUUGAACACGCCCUCUCCUUCCUGCCCCUCAAGCCCGUAUCUGUGGAGACGCCUCAGGGUGGUGUCUACGACGGCAUGUGGCUGAGCGGUAAAAGAAUCACUGGUGUGUCCAUCCUGAGAGCUGGAGAGACCAUGGAGCAGGCACUCACGGCUGUGUGCAAAGACAUCCGACUGGGAAAAAUCCUCAUCCAGACCAACCAUGACACGGGUGAACCUGAGCUGCACUACCUGCGACUGCCUAAAGACAUCAGCGAGGACUAUGUCAUCCUGAUGGACAGCACCGUGUCCACGGGCGCCGCUGCUCUAAUGGCUGUCAGAGUGCUGCUGAUGGUUAUUUUCAACAACUCAUAGAAGUAUCAUGCGAAAAUUUGGAUUGCACGAUUGAAUGGACGAUAAAAUGUCUGCCUGAUUUCCUCCCCCAUUUCUUGGUUGUACAAUGAUCAAAAAUGUAUUUGUUGCUACUUUUUCUCACGUCUGUCUACCCACCGCUUCAAAUAACGAGGAAAGUACGCCACAGUUGCCACACAGACGUAGCUGAGGUGGAAAUUAUUGAGGGUAUCAAGUGUCCGUCACUGCGUACUCACCGUUUUGACUGUUUUUAAUGCAACACACUUAUGCACUCAAAAGACGAAGGCUUUGUUUGGAUUUGUGCACUUCAACGCUUACAUUUAGCAUUUUGAGUGUGUAAGUUGUUACCAAGUAGAAGUAAAGCAAAAUGCAAUAUAAAUGAUAAAUGGGUAGUACUUGUAUAGCGCUUUUCUACCUUCAAGGUACUCAAAGCGCUUUGACACUACUUCCACAUUUACCCAUUCACACACACAUUCACACACUGAUGGAGGGAGCUGCCAUGCAAGGCGCCAGCCAGCAACCAUCAGGAGCAAGGGUGAAGUGUCUUGCUCAGGACACAACGGACGUGACGAGGUUGGUUCUAGGUGGGAUUUGAACCAGUGACCCUCGGGUUGCGCACGGCCACUCUCCCACUGCGCCACGCCGUCAUUACCAAGAUAUUGCACUCAACAAGGUCCAAAUGGUGUGGCAAUUGACCCUAACUACCUUCAGUCAUCACUUUCUUGCCUGGAGGAACUAACUUGAGUGGUUUCAAUACACAUUUAAAAAGGAGAAAAGAAAAAAUCGAUAAAUGUUGUGUUCUUCAUUAAUGGUAAGUGUGCAAAGACAGUAAUCUAUUUGGGACAUCAGUACACUGUCGAAUGCGUAUCCUCAGAAAAAAAGUAUGCAGUUUACAUAUUUAAGUGUGAGUAGAGAAAUCUUAAUUUUACAGCACUUUUUAUCUAUCCUUAGUUGUAGUCUUUUGAGGAAAAUGUAUAGUCCAAUUUUAGUCAUUUAAAUCGAUUUGGUUUUAGUCAACGGAAUUACAUCACAUUUUAGUCAGCUAAAAUUAUGGUAAAUUGAGUUGAAUAAGGUAUAAAAGAUAAGGCCUGUUUAAUGUUUAUAGACAACACAGUAGGAUCUUGGUCAGGAAUAAUGUAAUUAGUAAUUUUUUGCUCCACAGCAAAAAAAUACUUUUAUUUUUUUAUGCUGUGUCUUUUGGCAAAGCAGGAAUGUAUGUGUGUUGUGAAAUUAAGUUACUAAGCAUGCCUUCAUUGUAAUUUUGUUUAUGAAUGCGGCUGAACUGGAAGCAGCAAAUACACAUACUGUAUGUGGCAGGACACAUUUCUUAUGUGGGGUGUAAUAAAUAGAAAUGCUGCAUCAACUUUCUUUUUUUGCUGCGCAUGUGACGUAAGUGCGUUGAACCACAACCACAAAGUUGUCAUGCCUUUAGAUUUACCCUUAAAUAAAUGAUUCACUGAGGUGUAAAAAGUUA